AUGACGUUUUUCACAUCAUAUUAUUAUUGCAAAUGUUACCUCAGUAGUAAGAAUUUAUGCAUGGAAACCACAUUCUUUCUCAACAGGUCUGAUGAUCUCUGUAAUGAAUCUACAAAUGUAUCUGGCAUAACAGCAGUCAUAACUUCCUAUGUAUUAUGUGUCUUUGUUGGCUGUUUAUCAGUUCUUAUAAUGUGUGGAAACCUUCUGGUAAUAAUCUCUAUCAUAUACUUCAAACAGCUCCACACUCCUACAAACUACCUCAUCCUCUCUCUGGCUGUGGCUGACCUGCUUGUUGGUGUUGUAGUUUUGCCUUUUAGCACAAUACUGGCUGUAAGCUCAUGUUGGCAUCUUGAAGGUUUGCUCUGUAAAGUCCGAGGUUUCUUUGAUGUAUUUCUGUGCUCAUCUUCUAUUUUUAAUUUGUGCUUAAUUUCUGCUGAUAGAUAUUAUGCAGUGUGUCAGCCUCUGAAGUACAGAACUAAAAUAACUGUCCAUGUAAUUGUGAUCAUGAUCCUAGUGAGCUGGACUGUUUCUGCACUAAGUGGAAUUGGCCUCACAAUUCGGGGACUAAACGAAGAACAAUCUAACAGGUGUGUUUUAUUUCAACAUACAAGCUCAGCAGCUUUGGGAACUUUUUUUACCUUUUACCUCCCAAGUAUUGUACUGUUCACCAUCUACCUACAGAUUUUGACAGUGGCACACAGACAGGUACGAAGCAUCCAGAACACAACCUGUCAGAACACAAAGUCUGAAGCAACCAUCAGUAAGAUGGAGAGAAAGGCCACCAAAACUCUGGCUAUUGUUAUGGGAGUUUUUCUCAUCUGUUGGACUCCUUUCUUUCUUUGUAUCACCUUUUACCCUUUGAGUAAUUACACAAUACCAGUUUCUGUGAUUGAAACUUUUAAAUGGCUUGGAUGGUCAAAUUCAAUGCUCAAUCCAUUUGUCUAUGGUUUCUUUUACACCUGGUUUCGAACAUCUGUCAAAAUGAUAAUUUCUGGGAAAAUAUUUCAGGGUGAUUUUACUAAUUCUAAACUCUAUUGACUCAUUAUUGACUUGCUGACAUGCCUCUGAUGAUGACCAUGAGACUACUCUUUGUUUGACUGGCAAUCGAGGAGACGAAUAUCAUUAUGUACUUCUGUGUUCCUUUUUUAACAAAGAGA